CUUUACUUGAACUCUCCUGCAAAUAUGAUUCAGGGUUCAACCGCUCACUUUUAUCCCUAUUAAGAACAUUCUUUUCCCCCUCUCCCAAAACCCUAAUAAAAAGUCUUUUGUCCAAAACCACUGUUCUCCCUUUCCCCUUCCCCCUUCACAUGGCUCUGCAUCUGAGCAGACCCAAGCGUAGAUCACUCACAAACCCCUCCCUCAUCCAUCUCUUCUCCACAUCCUCCUCUUCACCCCCUCCAAAUGACCCAGAUGCCAAAACCAAUUUCAAUAUCAACCGUAACGAUGGCGUUUCCGGUCACUCUUCAAUAUCUUCAUUCGUCAGUGAAGUUAAAGCCAGCUUGAAGCAUCGGCAAGAGACCACCGCCACGCCUUUUUCUAGAAAAUCCGUCAAUCCUACUGUUCCCAGCUCAAAACCCGCCUCCCUCGAAGAUAUCCGCAAGAAUCUCUCUGAGUUCCGCCGGCGAGCUGCUGGGCCUCCGGUUAAUGAGUCUUCGUCUGCCCCGUCGCCAGGGUCGCCGGCUAUUUCAUUUCAAGAACUGUACAAGAGAAAUGUUAUGCAGAAAGCGGGGGAGUCAAAUGUGAAUGCCGAUGUUUCGGGUCCAGGGGCUGUGGGAGGUGGGAAAUUGUCCCUUGAUACUAUAAGAGAGAGUCUGCGGCAAAUGAGGUCCAACACUGCCGUGAAUGCGGAGAAAAGGGGAGGCGUGCAGCCACUGUCGCUGUCACGUUUUAAGGAUAAUUUAAGGAUGAAGCCGUCGUAUGGGGAUUUGGGAUCGAAGGUGAUUGGAGGGACCUCAGCGGAGCUGCCUAUAUCCGUGUUUGGGAGGCGGGAGAUGAAAGGGGACGAAGAAAAGAGUGACCAGUCUUCAAUGAAGACGGAGUUUUUAAAGUUUUAUAGCCCUGUGCAGUUGGGGGAGAAGCUGCGGAUGUUGCGGCCAGAGAAGAAGCAAGGGAAUUGGUUUUCUUUGCAGGAGUUGAAUGAGAGGUUAGUCCGGUUAAGAGAAAUGGAUGAGAAGGAGAGUGAGUCACGCAUUGGAGGGAUUCACUUUAAGGAUGUGAGGGAGAGCUUGGUGAGGUUACAGAUGGCUGAUGAAGAGAAGCAGAAAAGGAGUUCCAGUAAGUGUACAAAGAAGCUAUGAAUUCUGACUGUUGUCUAUGUCUCUUGUUGAGUUAAAGUAAAGUUUUUUUUUU